AUGUACAAGAGUUCAAAAGCCUCCAUAAUUAUUGACUGGGAAGACAAGACUUUGCUUCCAGAAUUAGAAGAUCGGCCAUUGUCAUCUCCUGAGGAAGACUUUACACCCCACAUUUGUCAUUUGUGUUGCUGCCCUGAGCCGAUGAAAAUCUCUGCCAGAGGAAGACUCCACUCAGUUAAAAUAGAGCUGCAGAGUGGCGCCGUGGCAGCUGUUUCCAGUGCACUCAAAUAA